GGACUCCUGAAGGCGUUGCAGCUUCCAAUGUCUUAUCCAGAUCGUGGUCUUGCUCCACAAAUGGUCUGAAAAUAUGGCCUACCUUGCAGCGCGAUCGAAGCUUCCGGGAUUGGUCGGCAUUGACCCAGUCCUGGGCCAUUGCUCUUCGAACCUUGCUCGACGAGGCGUUGGCUUUGCGACUCGCCGCGUACAGCCGAAACACCAGCCCGCAAGCUGCCGAACCUUCUCCCACCAGCAGUCCCAACAGCGGCCGCGAUUCUCGUCCCGUCUCCGAACAGCUCUCGGAACAAAGAUCCAAUGGUAUCAAAUACCAGUUGGCUUGGGUAUCGGCUUCCUGGGGCUGGUACAGUUCUACAAAGUUAGCACGCGGGAGCGGGAAAAGCAAGAAGCGGAAGCUCAGGAUGGAACCGGCGAGGCACGGCCGACCAAGCGGCCAAAGGUCAGGCCAGACGGACCAUGGCAGGUUCAAGUCAUGUCCACUCUGCCCCUGAAAGCAUUGUCUCGGUUAUGGGGCAAGUUCAACGAAUUGGAUAUCCCAUAUUAUCUUCGCGUACCAGGCUUCAGGCUGUACUCGUUUGUCUUCGGCGUCAACUUGGAUGAAGUAUCCGACCCGGAUCUUCAUAACUACCCUAACCUGGCUGCGUUCUUCUACCGCACUCUGAAGCCAGGAGUGCGACCCAUGGACCCGAACAACAACGCGCUCGUCUCUCCGGCCGAUGGCCGCGUGUUGCAAAUUGGACAGAUAGAGGGCGGUGACAUCGAGCAAGUCAAGGGCAUGACGUACACCAUCGAUGCCUUGUUGGGCCAGCGGUCGCGGACCCCGAGCGUAUCAAGCAUGGCCCUUUCGGAGGACAAGAGCAGCUCCGCGGAAGGACCAAAGUCUCCGAGGAACGAGGAGCACAUCAAAAAGGAUGAGGACUUUGCACGUGUAAACGGCAUCACCUACACACUACCGGACCUCCUAUCCGGCGGCAAGGAGGCGGCAAAGCACAACGAGCCGGAGGACCAGUCAGUCACCCCUUCGCCUGUAUCGGUCUCCGAGGUGCGCGCAGAUCUGGCCCUGGGUGAGAAACCGUGGUAUGAACUUCUAUCCGCGGACAAGCCACAUUCACUCUACUACGCGGUCAUCUAUCUGGCGCCCGGUGAUUACCAUCGCUUCCACUCGCCGACGAAUUGGGUCGUCGAGGGACGCCGACACUUUGCCGGAGAGUUGUAUAGCGUGUCUCCUUAUCUGCAGAGGACCCUGCCCGGCCUUUUCACGCUGAACGAGCGUGUCGUUCUUCUCGGGCGAUGGCGAUGGGGCUUCUUCAGCUACGUACCCGUCGGCGCAACCAAUGUGGGGUCGAUCAAGAUCAACUUUGAUCGCGAGCUUCGAACCAACAGCCUGACGACGGACACGGCAGCGGACAGGGCCGCCGACGAAGCUGCGCGGCGGGGAGAGCCGUAUCACGGCUUUACCGAGGCCACGUACGAGAAAGCCAGCCCGGUCCUCCACGGGCAUGCGCUGCGCAGGGGGGAGGAGAUGGGAGGCUUCCAGCUGGGAAGUACUAUUGUGCUGAUAUUUGAGGCGCCCGUGGCCAAGAAGGGCACCUCGGAAGAAGCCCAACGGGGCUGGACUUGGGCUGUCGAGAAGGGGCAGAAAAUCAAAGUCGGACAAGCCCUUGGUUACGUUGAUGCGUGAGCAUUUACUGGACUCUGGCUUAACAACGGCAAUGCCUAUAUAAGAAGGUGGAAGAGUGGAGCAAAUAUUUUCAGGCCAAGGCCAAACCUUGGAUACACUAUUCCUAUAUGUAUACGCAUAUCUUGAUCAAUAUAUACAAUAACCCCUG